UUCAUAUUUACAGCAGCAAAAAAAUUUCAUCAUUUUCAUCCAAACACACCUCUAACAAAACCUCCAUUAAUUCGAUCCCUCAAAAAAAAAAAAAAAAUGCAACCACCGCCACCUCACCACCACCACCACCACGGCGGCGCAACCUGCGUCAACUGCGGCGGCCCCACCGCAUUUCCACCACCACCACCCGAUACAAUCCCUAAUUACAUCCCAAUCCGUGCACCAGCUGUCAACUUACCACCAGCCAAUAACCGCGAGAUCAUAAUGCGUACACCUGUACCUCAAUCACACCCGAUCAUUCCCUUAACUCCACCUUACCACUUCCAAACACCAACUAAAAAAAUCCACUCCCAAAACGACAUCGUUUCGUUCCAAAACUCAUCUACUUGUGUUAACUUUCUAGGGUUUAUAGUUUCGUUAUCGGAAUCUAUUCGUUCGCGUAACCUCUCAGAUCACUGCCACGUGUCGGGUGUUGUGGCUGAGAUUGUUGAGAUUUUGAAAACCCUAAUUGUGUAUGUUGAUCAGAUUCCUUUAGCGCCUCAAUCGUCGCGAUACGGGAAUUUGGCGUAUAGGACUUGGCAUGAAAGGAUGUGUUGUGAUGCCGAGUCGUUUAUGGUGAGGUUUUUGCCUUUGGAGAUGAAGGAGGCGACUGUUGAGCUUGUUCCGUACUUUACUGAUAGUUUUGGGAACUCUAGCAGAAUCGAUUAUGGUACUGGACAUGAGACAAAUUUUGCAGCAUGGUUGUAUUGUUUAGCAAGAUUAGGAGUUGUGAAAGAAGAGGACUAUCAAGCUCUGGUGUCAAGGGUCUUCAUCAAGUACUUGGAAUUGAUGAGGAAGUUGCAAAUAACCUAUUCCCUAGAGCCUGCUGGGUCUCAUGGAGUGUGGGGACUAGAUGACUACCACUUUUUACCUUAUAUAUUUGGGUCAUCUCAGUUGAUUGAUCACAAGUACAUGAAACCAAAGUCUAUUCAUAACGAAGAUAUCUUGGAGAACUUUGCAAAUGAAUAUUUGUAUCUCUCAUGUAUUGUAUUCAUAAAGAAGGUGAAGAAGGGUGUGUUUGCCGAGCAUUCUCCCAUGUUAGAUGACAUUAGUGGUGUACCCAAUUGGAACAAGGUAAACAGUGGCUUACUUAAGAUGUACAAGAUUGAAGUUCUGCAAAAGGUUCCUAUCAUGCAGCAUUUCCUUUUUGGCUCCAUUAUCCCAUGGUAAAUUUCGGGUUUAUUACGAUUCUCUGGCAUCUGUGCAAUAUCUGAAUAUUCCUUAAUUUUCUUUGCUUCUUCAUCCAGGGAAUGAUGUGUGCUGGUAGGUCUUUUUCCUGAACCAUGGGUUAGUCAUAGAUAGCUUCCUAUUUACCAGCAGCUACAUAGUGAUGGAGGAAAGACACGUUCUAAUAUUUUGGCAGCAAAUAUCUACAACAUUUGAUGCUUCUAAUAUAUCAACCUGCUUCUGCCGAGUACCUGCUACCUUCCACACCGGCUUAUUGUCAGGAUUUUGGAUAUUGUUGUUAAAAAUGAUCUUGAGGGUAUUUGAUAGACUAAAGUGCUUUGCUAGACAGUCCUUUAUUGACUAUUGUCCCUAGAGUAAAAGUAUGCUAUGAGUAAAAAUACUCCAGUUGCAGAGUGGUUGCCUAAACUUAGACAAUUACCUCCUAGGAGGCCUGUAUUGCCAACUAACACUGUCAACUAUGUCUCUGCAAUCCUUGUGAGUUGUGAGUUGUGACAAAUACCAUGGAAUUCUGUUUUCCUGGAGGAAGUAUAAUAGUUAUUUACCCUCCUGUCCUUAGUAUAAUAGUAUAAUAGCAUCUUUAAAUAUUUUGGAGCCA